CUAACGCUUCGUGUUGCUUCAUCUUUUAGCCCCACAACAUCACCCAGGGUCGUCCUCCUUCAGUGGGUAGCAAACAUGCUAAUGCUCCACGAACAGUCGCUCAUUUUUGGAUUUUAAAACAUGUAUUUGCUGACUAUACUGAUGUUUUACUUGAUAACACGGAUCAGCUCUACGUUGAGGUCCUCAUGAGGUGAUGCUGCAUGUGCUGCGCUGUCCUCUGCAGAGGGCUCCCAUCCCUCCGCAAUGGAGGUGUCUGCGAUCCCUCUACUCCACCGAGCCUCAGUCCCUUCAGGGCGAGGACUCCGCGGAGUGCCGCAUGAACCCCCUUAACAUUCAGAUGCUUUCGAGGAACCUCCACAAGCAGAUCUUCAGAGGCCUUGAACCGGAGUGCAGAGAGGAAGACGUGGAGCGCAGCAUCAGGCACCUGCUGAAACAUAAGCUGUGGGGGAAGGAAGCUUCCCUGCUGCCCGAUGUGAAGCUGAACCUGCCCAGGAUGUACGGCAAAAAUAUCGAUGAGCACUUUCGUGUAUUGGCCCAGAAGCAGAGUCUGCCCUACCUCCAGGCUGCGAACAAACUGCAGUUGGCUGAGCUCCCUCCCAUGCCGCAGGAGUGGAACUGGGAGGUCGGCUGGACACGUUACGGGCCUAACGGGCAGAGUCAGAAGGUGGAUUUCCCAGAGGAGACGGCCCUGGUGUUUGACGUGGAGGUGUGCAUGUCGGAGGGGAAAUGUCCCACACUGGCUGUUGCUGUGUCUCCCACUAACUGGUAUUCCUGGUGCAGUAAGCGUCUGAUUGAGGAGCGGUACACCUGGUCAAAUCAGCUGAACCUAUCUGACCUCAUACCACUGGAGACACCCAAGAACUCUCUCCGGCCGCCAGGCGGUCGCUGGAAGGAGAGGCUCAUAGUGGGCCAUAACGUCAGUUUUGACCGAUCCUUCAUUAAGGAGCAGUACUUGUUAAAGGGCUCUAAGAUGCGCUUCAUGGACACCAUGAGCCUUCACAUGGCCAUCUCCGGGCUGACUGGGUUUCAGCGCACGCUGUGGAUGGCCAAUAAGCUGGGUAAAAGAAGGGGUCUUCAGGAGGUCAAGGAGCACAUCAAGAAAACUGGAAAAAAAAAAGAUGGCCCAGCGAUUGGCUCCUGGGACUGGGUGAAUAUUGGCAGCAUUAAUAACCUGGCUGACGUCCACGCUCUGUACGUGGGAGGGCCGCCUCUGAAGAAGGAGACCAGAGAGACCUUUGUGAAGGGCAGCAUGAUGGAUGUCAGGAACAACUUCCAGGAGCUGAUGCAGUAUUGCGCCACAGAUGUCGAGGCCACACACCAAGUCUUCUCAGAACAGCUGCCACUUUUCAUGGAGAGGUGUCCUCAUCCAGUGACGCUCGCAGGAAUGCUGGAGAUGGGCGUGAGCUACCUUCCUGUCAAUCAGAACUGGGGCCGAUACCUGGAAGACUCUCAGGACAUUUACGAAGAGCUCCAGCGAGAGAUGAAGAAAUCUCUGAUGACACUAGCGGACGACGCCUGCCAGCUGCUGGAGGGAGACAGAUACAAAGAAGACCCCUGGCUGUGGGAUUUUGAGUGGGAUGUGCAGGAGUUCAAGCAGAAGAAAGUAGCAGUCAGCAAAAAGAAAAACUCCAAGAAAGAAGUGGAAGAAAAAGUCUCCACUCCUCUUCCAGACUUUGAUGAAGACCCAGGUCCUCCCUCUGAGGAGGAGAUGGAGGGCCCUUGCCCCAGCAGGCUGGCUGUGGAGAAGCUGAAGGAAACAGUUGAUCGUCUUCCUAAGAGAAGGCAACAUCUGCCCGGACACCCAGGGUGGUAUCGUAAGCUUUGUGAGAAGAUGUCUGCAGAGGACAACUGGUCACCUGGAGCCAGCCUGAUCAGCCUACAGAUGAGAGUGACUCCUAAACUGAUGGGUCUGACGUGGGAUGGUUUCCCCCUCCAUUACACAGAGAAACACGGGUGGGGAUACCUGGUACCCGGGCGCAGGGACAACCUGGUGUCUCAGGAGGAAAACACAGGGCCUGUGUGCCCACACAGAGCUAUUGAGAGUGUGUACUCGGAGUAUUGUGAGCAGAACAGCAAAGAGCAGCCUGAAUAUUCGGACAGCGACUCGGCAGAACUCGUGUGGACAGACAGCGAAGUGUGGAACAAGAUGGAGGAGUUUGGUUCCACGGAGAGUCUGUCAGAGGAAAAUGGAGUUAGAGUGGCGAAAAAUGGGACGAGGAAGAAAAACGGGUCCAAAGAUCCGUAUGACGUCUCAGCAGAAAGUCAGUGCCAUUAUCACCAUGGAAACGGCCCCUACAACGAUGUGGAUAUCCCAGGGUGCUGGUUUUUCAAAUUACCCCAUAAGGAUGGUAACGACAACAAUGUUGGCAGUCCUUUCUCAAAAGACUUCCUGUCAAAGAUGGAGGAUGGUACUCUCAGGGCAGGACGCAGUGGAACCAACGCGACGCGAGCUCUGGAGAUCAACAAAAUGAUAUCCUUCUGGAGGAAUGCCCAUAAACGUAUAAGCUCUCAGAUGGUGCUGCAGCUGCGAAAGGUAGAGCUUCCCCGUGUUGUCAGCAGACACGAAGAGUUUGAUGAAGAGGCCCAGUACGGUGCCAUACUCCCUCAGGUCAUCACCGCUGGCACGGUGACACGUCGGGCUGUGGAGCCAACAUGGCUGACUGCCAGUAACGCUCGGCGGGAUCGGGUAGGCAGUGAGCUGAAGGCCAUGGUGCAGGUGCCUCCUGGAUAUCACCUGGUGGGGGCAGAUGUAGACUCUCAGGAGUUGUGGAUCGCUGCUGUGCUUGGAGAGGCUCACUUCGCCGGCAUGCAUGGCUGUACAGCGUUUGGCUGGAUGACCCUUCAGGGGAAGAAGAGUCAAGGCACUGACCUGCACAGCCGCACUGCUGAUGCUGUGGGCAUCAGCCGAGAGCACGCCAAGGUGUUCAACUAUGGACGCAUCUAUGGUGCGGGACAGCCCUUUGCCGAAAGGCUGCUAAUGCAGUUCAACCAUCGCCUCGGUCAGGCAGAAGCUUCCAGUAAGGCCAAGCAGAUGUACGCCUUGACAAAGGGCAUACGCAGAUACCAUCUGACGGAGGAGGCUGAGUGGCUGGUCAGUGAACUGGGUAUACAGGUGGAGAGGGAGGAAGAUGGAAGUGUCUCUCUGCAGGAGUUGCGGAGGAUCACCAGACUGGCCUCGCAGAGCUAUCGGCGGAAAAGGUGGGAGAUGGUCAGCAAACGUGUGUGGGCCGGAGGUACGGAGUCGGGCAUGUUCAAUAAGCUCGAGAGCAUUGCUCAUUCAGCCCAGCCGGCCACUCCUGUUCUUGGAUGCAGGAUUAGCAGAGCGCUGGAGCCCAAGGCAGUUAAGGAUGAGUUUAUCACGAGCAGAGUGAACUGGGUGGUGCAGAGCUCUGCAGUGGACUACCUACACCUGAUCCUGGUGGCCAUGAAGUGGCUCUGUGAGGAGCACGACAUCGACGCCCGUUUCUGCAUCAGCAUCCACGACGAGGUGCGGUACCUCGUCUGCAGCACGGACCGCUACAGAGCAGCGCUGGCUCUCCAGAUCACAAACCUGCUGACGAGGAGUAUGUUCGCUCAUGCGUUGGGCAUGCAGGACCUUCCCCAGUCGGUCGCUUUCUUCAGUUCAGUUGACAUUGACCAGUGUCUGAGGAAGGAGGUCAACAUGGACUGUGUGACUCCCUCCAACCCCACAGGUCUGGAACGGAGAUACGGCCUGCCACCUGGUGAGGCUCUGGACAUUUACCAAAUCAUCAGCAUCACUAACGGCUCUCUGGAUAAAAGAAGUUCGGCAGCGGGAAAAACCUGAGAGAUGAGGAGUCUUUGCUCACUGCCUUCUCUUCUUCUGUUUGGGUUCUUGUGUCU